GGCGGUGGAGCCAGCCUGGGGUGCAGUUAUUCUGAGCACUCAAUCACAUGGUCUCAGAAACAUCUUAAUAAACUCUGCCCAGCAACGCAGCCAACGGCUUCGCCUCAAAAUAAAACAGCUACCCAGGAUCUCAGCGUGGCAAGAAAGCCUCUCGUCCAGCGGAGAAUAUAGGAACUCUGGUACCCAGCAAAAAUGUCUGACAAAACCCCCUUCGAAACGGAUAUGCUGACGCUCACGCGAUUUGUUAUGGAGAAGGGACGCCGCGUUAAAGGAGCGACAGGGGAGCUGACACAGCUGCUCAACUCCAUGCUGACUGCCAUAAAGGCCAUUUCCUCUGCAGUCAGAAAGGCAGGCCUUGCCCACAUGUUUGGUAUAGCUGGCACUGUGAACGUGACUGGUGACGAAGUGAAGAAGCUGGACGUAUUAUCCAACUCCCUGGUGAUUAAUAUGCUCCAGUCCUCCUACAGCACCUGCGUCCUGGUCACGGAGGAGAACAAGGAGGCCAUCAUUACCCCGAAAGAGAAGCGGGGUAAAUAUGUGGUGUGCUUUGACCCCCUUGAUGGCUCAUCCAACAUAGACUGCUUGGCACCAAUAGGAACAAUAUUUGCUAUCUACAAAAAGGAAACAGACAACGAGCCCUCUGAAAAAGACGCUUUGCAGCCCGGACGCAAUAUUGUUGCUGCAGGCUAUGCCUUGUAUGGCAGUGCUACACUGGUAGCCCUCUCCACGGGGCAAGGAGUGGACUGCUUCAUGCUCGAUCCGGCUCUCGGUGAAUUUAUUUUGGUGGACAGAGAUGUUAAAAUCAAGAAGAAAGGGAAAGUAUAUAGUCUCAACGAAGGUUAUGCAAAGUAUUUUGAUCCUGCAAUGACAGAAUAUUUACAAAAGAAGAAAUUCCCUGAGGAUGGCAGUUCCCCAUAUGGUGCCAGGUACGUGGGCUCCAUGGUAGCUGAUGUUCACCGUACAUUGAUGUAUGGUGGGAUCUUCAUGUACCCUGCUAAUCAGAAGAGUCCUAAAGGAAAGCUCCGACUUCUCUACGAGUGCAACCCUAUGGCUUUCAUCAUUGAGCAGGCAGGUGGGGUGGCGACUACAGGGACUGAGGCGGUGUUGGAUGUGAAACCUGAGAGUAUUCACCAGAGAGUCCCUCUUAUCCUUGGCUCUCCAGAGGACGUGCAAGAAUACCUUGCUUGUGUACAGAAACACCAGAAGAGCAGCUAAAGGCUUUUCUACAUCAGACCUUGCUCAUUCGUCUUCAAUCUACAGGAAAAGCUGUACCUUUCAAGAUGGUGGAUUCUAGCAAUUAGCACCCAUCUCUCAGUGAAAAUCCUACUUUAUGAGAACUAGAAAAAUAGUGAGAAUGUUUGAUGGGAAAACCAAAAAUUUCAUUUGCAGACAAAUGUAAAAAUCCUUUAAGUCUGAUUUAUGCAAUGCAAAAGUAGAGACAGAGGCCUGAUUAUUAAACAGAAGUGACUUAUUUUAUAUAAUAUUAACAAAAGGAAGUGGAUUGUGUCAGUACCCCCAUUUGAUCUGAAGCUUUACAUCUGAUAUUACACAGUUGGCAUUGUUUGACACAGGAUUGUCACAUCAACAUUCGCAAUGCCAUUAUCUGGAUUUUCUGUCAGAAGUGUUGUUGCAGUUGCUUUUUAUCUUGACAGCCCUGAGAAGACCAAAAGUCUCAUGCUGUCUGAAACAGUGUUUUUAAGCUCCAAAUUAUAUAUGUCUUCAGUAAUUAAUAAAGAUAAAAAGGCUGCAAUGUU